AUGACUUCCGUGCAAACCUACUACGAACAGGCCGAGGUCUCCAACUGGCUCGAUGCCAUUUAUGGGGACAACGGAAGCAUUGAUCCAAGGACACUCCAAGUCCAUCAAGUGGUGACCACCCACAACGACACCCACAACGACACCCACCACGACACCUGCCACCAUGACCAAACAUCUCUGUCAGAACAAGAGCCAUCUCCGCAGUUGUCUCGUUCCUCCUUCAACCUACAAGCCCUAAGUCCAUUAAAGCUGGAGCACGAACCGCCAUUCCCGAGAUUCCUUAGCAUGGCAGCUCUUCAUGAGCUGUACAAUCGAAUUGGCCAAUCUGACCGAAUGCCGACAUUGGCCGAUUUCUGCAACGAAGAAGCAGACUCGGUUUCGCUGACCACGACUACCACUGACUCGGAGUACGAAAACUGCUUUCUCCCAUUCUGUGGAGCUCUACCACAACCGUCCGAGGAAUCCCCUGCAGCUAGCUGUGCGGCCCCAUCUCUGUCGUCGUCUUCGUCAACCAACCGCGAUCCCCAGUGGUUGCCUCUCGUGGUUGCGCGAGUCGUAUCGAGCAAAGCCCGCAAAGCAUGCCAGGCUUUGAAGAUAAAGAUUGCCCGGUGA